AUGAAUAAUUAUAAUGAUUCUAUUUUGAAUAAUAAUUCAUAUAUAUAUAUAAACAAUUCAACAACGAUUGAAAAUAAUUUAUUUUUAUUAAUUUUUCCUAUUCUUUUGGUGAUUGUUAUGUUUAUUGGUGUUAUAGGAAAUCUACUUGUUAUUUAUGUUGUACUUAAUUAUGGUCGAUUAAAAACUGUAACAAAUACAUAUUUAUUACAUUUAGCAUUAUCAGAUUUUAUCUUUUUAAGUGGUAUACCUUUUUUUGCUUCAGUUGUUAUAACUCGUGCAUGGAUAUUUGGUGGUUUUAUAUGUAAAUUAUUUUUUCUAACACAAGGUGUUAAUCAAUAUACAUCAGUUAUUAUUUUAGCUUUAUUAGCAUUUGAUAGAUAUUUAGCUGUUUGUCAUUCACCGAAGUCUAUAAUAUGGCGUUCACGGGUUAAUCCAAAUUUACUUCUAUUAUUAACAUGGAUACUUUCAUUUAUUUUAAUGUUACCUAUUAUGGCAUUUACAACCACUGAAACUAGUUCUACAUUAAAAGUUUUAUGUACUAUAAUAUUUCCAUAUUCUAAUUCACAUUUACUCUAUUACAUAUUUUUUAUAUAUACAUCAAUAAUAACAUUUGUUUUACCAUUUGGUUUAAUGAUAUAUUUUUAUAUACAAAUUGCACUUCGUUUAAAGCAUAAAGUAUCUCAACAACAUCGUCGUUCACGUUCAUCAGCACGUACACGAAGAAAAGUAUCGAUUUUAGUUUUGGCUGUUAUCAGUGUACAUAUUUUAUGUUGUUCACCAUAUUGGACAUUUCAAAUAAUGGCAAUAAGUGAAUUAUUACCACAAACAAGUUCUUUACUUGCACCAAUAUCAAAUAUGACACAAUUUCUUUUAUUUGUUAAUUCAUCAACAAAUCCAAUUUUAUAUGCAUUUCUUAGUGGUAUAUUUCGUUUAAGUUUUAAACAUGUUUUUUAUUGUUGUUUAUCAACAAAUGAUCAUCAAUAUUUACAUGCAACAAAAGUUACAAAAAGAAAUUUAACAUUAUCAACAAAUAAAAAUAAUAUUAAUCAAAUAAAAAACCAAAAAAUACCAAUGAAAACACUAACAUUAAAAAAUAAUACAUAUCAAUCAAAUUUAAAUAAACAAUCUUUAACAAUAUCAGCAAAUAUAAAUUUAAUCGAUAAACACAAACGAAAUUUGUCAAUAGCACAAAGUGCUUCAGUACUUAGUUCUGAUGCAUCAUUUGUUUCGGAUUUUUAA